AUGCUCGCCUACUGCGUGCAAGACGCCACGGUGGUGGACGUGGAGAAGCGGAGGAACCCCUCCAAGCACUAUGUCUACAUCAUCAACGUGACCUGGUCCGACUCCACCUCCCAGACCAUCUACCGGAGGUACAGCAAGUUCUUUGACCUGCAGAUGCAGCUUCUGGAUAAGUUUCCCAUCGAAGGUGGUCAGAAGGACCCCAAGCAGAGGAUCAUCCCCUUCCUCCCAGGCAAGAUCCUCUUCCGGAGAAGCCACAUCCGGGACAUAGCCGUGAAGAGGCUGAAGCCCAUCGAUGAGUACUGCCGGGCACUUGUCCGGCUGCCUCCCCACAUUUCACAGUGUGAUGAAGUCUUUCAGUUCUUUGAAGCCCGGCCGGAGGAUGUCAAUCCCCCCAAGGAGAACUAUGUCAGUUCCAAGAGGAAAUCAGUGUGGCUGUCCAGCUGGACUGAGUCUCCCAAGAAGGACUUGACAGGUGCCGAGAGCAACGCCGAGCCCAUGAUCCUGGAGCAGUACGUGGUCGUGUGUAACUUUAAGAGGCAGGAGAACUCGGAGCUGAGCCUCCAGGCCGGGGAGGUGGUGGAUGUCAUCGAGAAGCACGAAAGCGGCUGGUGGUUCGUGAGCACCUCUGAGGAGCAGGGCUGGGUCCCUGCCACCUACCUGGAGGCACAGAAUGGCACUCGAGAUGACUCUGACAUCAACACCUCCAAGACUGGGGAAGAGGAGAAGUACGUCACCGUGCACUCUUACACCAGCCAGAGCAAGGACGAGAUUGGCUUUGAGAAGGGCGUCAUCGUGGAGGUGAUCCAGAAGAAUUUGGAGGGCUGGUGGUAUAUCAGAUACCUGGGCAAAGAGGGCUGGGCACCAGCAUCCUACCUGAAGAAAGCCAAGGAUGACCUCCCGGCCCGGAAGAACCUGGCAGGCCCAGUGGAGAUUAUCGGGAACAUCAUGGAAAUCAGCAACCUGCUGAACAAGAAGGCGUCAGGGGACAAGGAUGGACUGGCGCCCGAGGGCGAGGGCUCUGAGGCCCCCAUCACCAAGAAGGAGAUCAGCUUGCCUAUCCUCUGCAACGCCUCCAAUGGCAGCACGCUGGGCAUCCCCGAGAGGACUGUCUCCAGGUUGGAGCAGGGCUCUCCAGCUGUGGCCAGGAUUGCCCCUCAGAGGACCCAGAUCAGCUCCCCAAACCUAAGGACACGGCCCCCUCCCCGCAGAGAAUCCAGCCUGGGGUUCCAGUUGCCGAAGCCACCAGAGCCCCCUUCUGUUGAAGUGGAGUACUACACCAUUGCGGAAUUCCAGUCUUGCAUUUCUGACGGCAUCAGCUUUCGAGGUGGACAGAAAGCAGAGGUCAUUGAAAAGAACUCAGGCGGCUGGUGGUACGUGCAGAUCGGGGAGAAGGAGGGCUGGGCCCCCGCAUCCUACAUUGAUAAGCGCAAGAAGCCCAACCUGAACCGCCGUACGAACAUCCUGACCCGGCCCAAGGUGCCCCCGCCAGCUCCCCCCAGCAAGCCCAAGGAGGUGGACGAGGGCCCGGCAGCCCCCAGCGAAAGCCAGGACUCCCCGCUGAAGCUCAAGUACGAAGAGCCUGAGUAUGACAUCCCUGCCUUUGACUUCGACUCUGAGCCAGAGCUGAGCGAGGAGCCCACCGAGGACAGCGGCCCCGGGGAUAGGCGGCCCACCCAGCCCCACAAGCCCUCGCCUGCCUCUUCUCUGCAGCGGUCUCGCUUCAAGGUGGGCGAGUCUUUGGAGGACAUGGCCCUGGAAGAGGAGACCAUCUAUGAGAACGAGGGCUUCCGGCCUUUCACGGAGGAUGCACUGUCCACCAGAGGCUCCUCUGGGGACAGUGACUCUCCAGGCGGCUCCUCGCUGUCCCUCGCCAGGAAGAACUCCCCCAAGUCAGGCUCCCCCAAGUCUUCGUCCCUCCUAAAGCUCAAAGCCGAGAAGAACGCCCAGGCCGAGCUGGGAAAGAACCAUUCCGCUGCCUCCUCCUCUUCCUCCAUCACCAUCAACACCACCUGCUCCUCCUCUUCCUCAUCCUCCUCAUCCUCCUUGUCCAAGAACACUGGUGACCUGAAGCCCCGCUCCGCCUCCGAUGCAGGCAUCCGCAGCACCCCCAAAGUCGGGGCACGCAGGGACGCUGACCUGAAGGCUGGCCUGUCCUCCUGUGCCCGGGCCAAGCCGUCUGUCCGGCCCAAACCCUUCCUGAACCGAGCAGAGUCCCAGAGCCAGGAGAAGAUGGACAUCAGCACUUUACGGCGUCAGCUGAGGCCCACAGGCCAGCUCCGGGCCGGCCUCAAGGGCUCCAAGAGUGAAGAUUCCGAGAUGCCCCCCUCUUCAGCCUUGGAGAGUCCCAGUGAGGGGGCGAGGAGGGGCUCCGCCGACCUCAUCACCCUCCCUGUCACCACAGCGGCGCCGUGUCCCCCCAAGAAGGAGCGGGAGGGGCCGGCCACCUCCUACAUGACCUGCAGCGCCUACCAGAAGGUGCAGGACUCCGAGAUCAGCUUCCCCGCAGGCGUGGAGGUACAGGUGCUGGAGAAGCUGGAGAGCGGGUGGUGGUACAUGAAGUUUGGGGAGCUGGAGGGCUGGGCCCCUUCCCACUACCUGGUGCUAGGAGAGAACGAGCAGUCCGAGCCCCCUGGCAAUGAGGCGGACACGGUCACGGCCAAGGGCAAGCAGAAUGAGGGCAAAUCAGACAGCCUGGAAAAGAUCGAGAAGCGGGUCCAGGCCCUGAACACCGUCAACCAGAGCAAGAGGGCCACGCCGCCCAUCCCUUCCAAGCCGCCCGGGAGCUUCAGCAAGACUUCGGGGCCCGGGGUGGUGAAGAUGCGGAACGGCGUGCGGCAAAUGGCAGUCAGGCCCCAGUCGGUGUUCGUGUCCCCACCACCCAAGGACAACAACCUGUCCUGUGCCCUGCGGAGGAACGAGUCCCUCACGGCCACUGACGGCCUCCGGGGUGUCCGCCGGAACUCCUCCUUCAGCACCGCCAGCUCUUCCGCCGCAGAGGCCAAGGGCCGCCUUGCCGAGCGCUCUGCCAGCCAGGGCUCAGAGGCACCACUGGUGCCCACCCAGCGCAACGGCAUCCCCGUGUCCCCCGUGCGCCCCAAACCCAUCGAGAAGUCCCAGUUUAUUCAUAACAACCUCAAAGACAUGUACAUCUCUAUCGCAGACUAUGAGGGAGAUGAGGAGACAGUGGGCUUUCAGGAGGGGGUGUCCAUGGAGGUUCUGGAGAGGAACCCCAACGGCUGGUGGUACUGCCAGAUCCUGGAUGGGGUCAAGCCCUUCAAAGGCUGGGUGCCCUCCAACUACCUUGAGAAGAAGAACUAAGCGUGGGUCGGGGGGCUCCCAGCCUCAGUGCACUGCCAGAGCCGCCCCAGUGGACGAGCAGCAGGACAGAGGGACGGGGAAGUGGGAGGGGGUGGGGGG